AUGGCAGAUAUUGGAGGAUGGCGAGGUGCGACAGCAGGGGUCGCAGCCAGUCUCUUGGUCACCUGGCUACUCUCGCAACCGCACCAAGCGGCAGCUGACCAGCUGGCUGCACACUAUCUCUUGCCAUAUCUCUCAGAUUCGCCUCCCAGCAGCCAGGUGACCGUGGAGUUCUGCAAUCUGUUCCGGAUUGUGGAAAAGCCCUACUAUGUGAUCUUUGCAUCAUGUUGGGUGUGUGCGCUGAUGCAGCAGUUGAUCGACACGUCGAGAUAUUACGAGGAGCGCUACGAAGAGCUUAGCAAAACGCAGAAAUGCUAUGUCGGGAUCCAGCUCUUGACGCUUGUGAUGGAAACGCUCGCUAUCGUGGGCAAGAUCGAUUGGCUGGCUGGCGAGAGCUUGUGGCACAUGUACAACUUGUAUGUAUAUGUGUUUGUGCACUCGUCAGUCUUCGUGCGUUCCAUCAUGAUGUCCAUGAUUAUUUGGGACUGGCUGCUGGCACGCCUACUGGGGCGGCCAGUGUUUGGAGCAGAAUAUGAUGGGCAGGGAUGGCGGGACUGGCAUCGGGCGGUCCUCCUGAUCAUCAUUAUGCAGUUUGGAUCUUCAGUCUUCGUCAUGAUGGUGGUCACGCUCACACAUGCUAUCCCAGCACUAAUCCUGUACUAUCCGGUGUUUCUCCUUGCUGCUGCUUUCAUCAUCAAAUUCCGUUCUUGGCUGGAACUGCUGGGGCUCAAUCCGGAUGGCCGGGCUGGGCGUGGUCUGGUGAUGGCGAGUAACUCAUUUGUAGCUGUCGUCUCGAUUCAGACGAUGAUUGCCUCCAUCAUCCGCGUGUACUUUGGUGAUGCCUGGAAGCAGGGGUAUUUGACCCCGUUGAAGGACGACGUUGCAUCCAGGAGCUCCAAGACUUUCUACGAGUGCCAUCUGCGAGCUGGCAUGGGUGCCUUGAUCGAUGGUGAGAGAAGAUACACUAAGCAAAUCCACACACAGACAUGGCACACGCAUGUGAUGUGA